GUUACGCACGCCGCUGUUUCCGCUUAUAGCAAAAACCUUUUCGCAUCUGCAAAACCCUCCGUCGCUCUCUCUCUCUCUGUCUCUCUCUUGCAAUGGAAUCUCUUUCAAGCUCUCUUCUCCCAUCGAGAUUCUGCGAACCGACCCACGCCGUUCAAUCUCUACCACCUUCUUGGAUCAAAACCCAAACCAGGCGAUCUGGGUACUUAAGAAUCACCGAGAUUUCGAGCAUUCGCGGCCUCUCGAGCUGCAGAACGAGAGCAGAGAGGGUUUCGAUUGGCGGUGAGAGGGCUCGAGCAGUUGCCCGUGAGAUUUCCGAUAGUGGCGGAGAUGAAGGGACGUCUGGGAACGGGUUUGGUUUGAUUCCCGAAGAGACUUCAUGGUUCGAGAGUAAUUCCAGCCUUGAUGAAAUUGAAGAAAGGGGUGAUGAUGAAAACUCAGGGGCAACAAUACCCCUUAUGGGCGGUAGUGGGACAAGUGGAAGCUCCAGGGCUGGCCUUUUCAGAACACCGAUUUCUGGCGGCGUCCAGAGUGCAACGUCUGCUCAUGAUUUACCUAGACCAGCCUUGGCAGUCCGGAAUCUGAUGGAGCAGGCCAGAUUUGCUCAUUUAUGCACUGUCAUGUCUCGGAUGCAUCACCGUCGAAUGGGAUACCCAUUUGGUUCAUUGGUUGAUUUUGCACCUGAUUCGAUGGGCCAUCCAAUCUUUUCAUUUUCGCCAUUGGCCAUCCACACACGGAAUCUGUUGGAAGAUUCAAGAUGUACACUUGUUGUGCAGAUUCCUGGAUGGAGUGGGCUAUCAAAUGCACGGGUAACAAUUUUCGGUGAUGUUUUCCCUCUCCCUGACGAUCAACAGGACUGGGCUCAUAAGCAGUACAUAGCAAAACAUCAACAAGGACCAUCUCAACAGUGGGGCAACUUCUACUAUUACAGGAUGCAGAACAUAAGUGACAUAUAUUUCAUCGGAGGGUUUGGCACUGUUGCUUGGCUGGAUGUCAAGGAAUAUGAGACCCUUCAACCUGAUAAGAUUGCAGUUGAUGGUGGGGAGCAAAAUCUGAAGGAACUCAAUGCAAUCUUCUCAAAGCCUCUUAAAGAACUCUUAUCCACCGAAACAGAGAUAGAUGAUGCAGCUUUCAUAUCAAUAGACAGCAAGGGCACUGAUAUCCGGGUCCGGGAAGGUGCACAGUUCAAUAUUCAGAGGUUAUCCUUUGAUGCGGGACAUGGAGUCGAGACAUUGGAGGAAGCCAAAGCAGCUCUUCAUAAAGUAAUAAGAAAGGGUAGUAGACUGAGGUUGCAUAACAAAGCUUGAAUUACUGGUGAGCCUUGACCUUCUCAUGCGCAAAAGAAAAUGCUAACACAUAAAGCAAGAUGCAUGGAUCAGUUUUGCAUCCAAGUCCAUGUCUCGCUAUGAAAUCUACGGAUCAUGCCCAUGUGUUAUGUAUAGUUGCAAAACUCAGUGUGUGCUGUAUUGAUUUUAGCUAAAUAAUUAUGCAACCUCUGCUAGGUGAGCAUGCCUGCAUAGGACUUGUCAUAUUACAAACAAGAUUUUGGAUGCCUAGCUCCACUCAACUUAGGAUUGGAUAGGGGACAGGUUAAACUGGACAUAUUUGUUGAAGGUUCAAUGGAUAAAAACUGGGUUCUUGCACACAA